AGGGUAAACCCAUGCUGCUCCAGUCUCAGUUCAGACUCACCUACACCAUGAUCCUCAACCUGCUGCGAGUCGAAGCGCUUCGUGUGACCGACAUGAUGAGGAGGAGCUUCUCUGAAAACCACAGAGACACUCAGAGCCAUGAGAAGCAGAUCAGUCAGCUGAAACAGACGCUGUCCUCGCUGCCUCCCCUGGACACAGAGGGUCAGCUCUCUGACCUCCUGCAGUACUACCACACAGUGACGGAGCUCAGAACCACCAGUGAAAUACUCCAACGUGCGAUGCUGGAGUCGGUGAACGGGCUGAAGGCUCUGUCUGUGGGCCGGGUGGUGGUGGUCAACAAUAAACAGCAUCUGAAUGCUCUCGGAGUGAUACUGCAGGUGGGCUACUAGGGAAUUAGCUGCAGUGACGUGCAUUAAGUCACCUGGUGAUGUUGAGCCU